AUGUCCAGCACUCCAGCCACUGGAGACAGGCGCUCCAGCGGGCGCAGGUGCACCCCCGUGGCAGCCGCGCCGCCACUGGCUGCCUGCCCCACUCCAGCACCAGGUGACGCUGUCGCCUCUCGCAUGAGGAGCCUUUUUGCAAUUGAGAAGGGCAGCAGGCUGCUGCAAGCAGCUAAGCAGUCGCGACUGUCAGAGAUACGGGUACUGCUGGCUGCCGGUGUGGACGUGGGGGCGACGGACGGCGAUGGUUUGACCGCCCUGCACUGGGCGGCAAGGAACGGACAGGUGGAGAUGGCCGAGUGUCUGCUCGCAGCGGGGGCAGACGUGGACGCGCGGGACUUGUCGAACUGGACCCCCCUGUACUGGGCAGCGAAACAGGGGCAGCUGGAGGUGGCGAACAUUUUGCUCUCCGCGGGGGCUGACCUCGAGGCGAGGGACAAGUGGCAGAACACGCCCGUCUUCCUGGCCGCCAUGACGGGACACGUGGACGUCUUGCGGCUGCUGGUGGCGUCCUGUGCCGACCUCAACGCCAGGGAGGAGCACGAGACGACUCCUCUGCAUUGGGCGGCGUACAACGGCCACGCAGGUGCAGCGGCUGCGUUGCUGGAGUUGGGCGCCGAGAAGAGGGCCAGGAACAGAUCUGGGCGCACCCCGCUGGACGAGGCCAGGGAGUGGAGUGACCAGCAGCUCACAGACAUGCUCAGCUGAAGCCAGCAGUCCAGCAAAAUGUCUCUUGUGUAUA